AGAGAUGGGACGGGCUGUAACCAGAGUGGGUCAUGAGUGAGUACAGAGAUGGGACAGGUUGUAACCAGAGUGGGUCAGGACUGACUACAGAGAUGGGACAGGUUAUAACCAGAGUGGGUCAGGACUGACUACAGAGAUGGAACAGGUUGUUACCAGAGUGGGUCAUGACUCCAUGUUAGCCGGUGGUAUCCAGAGCAUGCGGGUAGGUCAUGUGACCAGGUCAGAGGUCAGGGGGCGUGUCCGUAGGUGUGUCCACAGGUGUGAGUUUUACGGCUGUAACAAGGAGUACACCAAGAGUUCCCACCUCAAGGCCCACAGACGCACACACACAGGUGAGAAGCCGUAUAAGUGCACGUGGGACGGGUGCACGUGGCAUUUUGCCCGUUCUGACGAGCUGACCCGCCAUUACAGGAAACACACGGGGGUGAAGCCCUUCAGGUGUGGCGACUGCCAACGCUCCUUUUCCCGCUCAGAUCACCUGGCCCUGCACAGACGCAGACACACACUGAUCUGAGGAGGAGGGACCUGGCCCUGCACAGACACACACUGACCUGAGGAGGAGGGACCUGGCCCUGCACAGACGCAGACACACACUGACCUGAGGAGGAGGGACCUGGCCCUGCACAGACGCAGACACACACUGACCUGAGGAGGAGGGACCUGGCCCUGCACAGACGCAGACACACACUGAUCUGAGGAGGAGGGACCUGGCCCUGCACAGACGCAGACACACACUGAUCGGAGGAGGGACCUGGCCCUGCACAGACGCAGACACACACUGAUCUGAGGACGGACGGACGGACGGACGGACGGACGGACGGACGGACAGACAGACAGACAGACAGACAGACAGACAGACAGACAGACAGACAGACAGACAGACAGACACUGAUCUGAGGAGGGAUGGACAGACAGACAGAGCAGCACACAGACUAACAGUAAAUGGACUGUUGUAGCCUACAAGUGUAUCGAUGGGUCAGUAGACAGAAGUAGGUCCACAGACUGAGAACUUCAUUCAACAUGGUUUAAACUCGGAUUGAAAGAACAAGUGUCCAAGUACCAAAAUGCUUUGUCGAAUGUAUUUUUAUUCUGUUUUCCAUACAAAUUAAACUGUGAAUUAAAUGUAUACUACAAUACAUGUGUCAAAUGUUAAAAUUAUAUUAAUUUAUUCAUUUAUUGUA